UGCAAAGGUUACAAAAUCUGAUACUCCAGACAAUGCUGCAUUAAAGUGCAUGCAUCCAAGGCAUGCACUGAGGCUUCAGUUUGACAGAUGCGGUAUCUUUUCCUGGAAGGAGCGCUUCAGGUUGUGUUUGCCUUAGCUUUUCUGCCACUAAAGAAGUGGUAUGUAGAACGUUAGUGUAAUUCAUAAACUCCCCACUUCCUCUGUUAAACCUUGAUACGCCUUGUGAAUUUGUUGCCUUUUUUCGGAAAAUAGGCGGAGCCCAAAGCUGAACAGCCUUGUUAUGGAUGGGGUGGAGCUUAUUUCCAGACCAGAGAACUGUAAAAAAAAAAAAAAAAAAAAAGUAUAAAAGUAUAAAAUAUAGUCUAAAAUGCAAAAGCAAGCGCGCUCUAUUGCUCUGCACAAUUGCGAUCUGCAGUUAUUCUAUACUGUCUUUGUAAUUUAGGAGAUUAUAACAGGCUUUAAAGAACCACUUAAAAAAAUUACACACUGCAUCUUCAACAAGAUGCUAAUUGAAACCGAACAGACAGCACCAGAAAACAGAAACACCAGAAAGACAAGAGCAGCAUACCGUAUUUAUGAGGCCUUUUAAUUAAUAAUGUAGACAAAGGCUGACGAAAUAACAGAUCGCUAUGUGUUUGAAGACAGACUUAUCAGGGAAAAAAAGCUGCAGAAAGAAGGGGAAUUUUAGUGCAAAUAAAGGAGAAAGAUAAGGGAAGACUGAGAGGAGGAGAUAAAGAGGAACCAGGGAGCUGGGGAGAAGGAUGAAGGCAGACAGCUGUGUUUUUGUGUUGCUAUUUUAAGCGUCUAGCCGCUGCUCCACUCCCCUGGUUUGGCCCAGCCUAUUUCUGUCCUGGGCCGGCCCUGCUGCUAUUCCUGCCACCUGGGAGCGAGAGCGAGAGAGAGAGAGAGAGAGAGAGAGAGAGAACUGCUGUACAUUCACAUGGUGAUGAGAGGAAGUGCGAGAGACAGAGGAGGUGGGAGACAUAGUUUUGUAGAGAUCGAGAGAUAGUCAGAGUGUGACAGGCGGCGCUCCGGGGUGAAUCUCAGAAGCUGGGAAGAACAGAGCACUAACAACAGUGCAACAGUGCAGCCGUUUUUCUUCCUCGUCAGUCAUUCGGUCAGCUGAAAGACUCGGAACAGACUGGCCUUUUUUGCAGCGACGGAAAAAGACUGAAAAAGGACAGAAGGAGGAAAGAGGAUUCGAGUAUCCCUGCUGUGGGAUUUGGUGAGGAUCGGUUGCCGGGGUACAGGGCUCGUCUCGGUAUUCAGUAUGCUGCAGACUAUUUAUGAGAGCGAGUCCCGCAUCCCUGCUGAGUGGCUCAGGAACCUCCUGGAUACACACAGCAUCUCCACCAGUGUGAUUGGCUCAGGAUCAGAGGUGUUGUCCCCAGUAGGCAGGUCUGAGGUCAGUAUGCCGGAGUGGGAGCGAGACUCUGAUGAAUGGGAGAGGCAGCUACAGAGGGAACUCCUGCUGAUCCAGAGGCAGCAGCAGAUCCAGAAACAAUUGCUCAUCGCCGAGUUUCAGAAACAGCACCAGGCACUGCUGAGACAGCACCAGGCUCAGCUACAGGAGCACAUCAAGCUCCAGCAGGCUUUGUUGACCCUCCGACAGCAGCAGGAUGCUCUCGCCGAGGAGCACGCUCCUGACAUCGAGAUAGACGAGGACAUAGAGGAGGUGGAGGCGGAGGAGCUGGAGCGCCACAGAAGGGAGCAACCUCAACCUCAUCACCUUAACCACAGGAAAAAGGAGCGCAGCAAAGAGAGCCUGGAUCUUUUUCCUUCAGGUGCUAUGGCAAGCACAGAGGUUCGACAGAAACUGCACGACUUCCUGCUAAAUAAAUCAGCUAAAGACACGCCUCCACCUGGUCACCCGCUCAACCAGCGUGCCAAACUCUGGUACAUCACCAGUCAGCACAUGUCAAUGGAGCAGCAGUCACCUCCUUUAGGAGAGACACCUCCUACAUUCAAAUCCCCUCUGCCCUCUGGCCUGGACACCAGGGAGGAGGACUUCCCCCUCAGGAAGACGGCAUCCGAGCCUAAUCUGAAGGUGCGCUCACGGCUGAAGCAGAAGGUUUCUGAGAGAAGAAGUGGCCCUAUCCAGCGCCGCAGAGACGGCAGUGUGCUUGUCACACCACCCAAGAAACGCCCUCUGGAGCUCAGUGACUCAUCAGCCAAUGACAGCUCUCCCAGCUCUGGUCCCAGCUCUCCCAUUGGCUUAUGCAGCAAUGAGAAUGGCACAACCUUCCAGGCGAGCUCUUCUCAAAUCGAGAAGUAUUUACCCCAGGGGGGAAUUAUCAAGGCAGACGGCUCUCUCGCUCUGUUGAACCUCUACACGUCACCUUCUCUUCCUAACCUCACCUUAGGCCUCCACUCUGGGCCUUCACCAAUCAGUCCUAAUUCAGCAGGAAAGGAGCGAGCAUGUGAGGUGAGCUCGAUGUCUGCCGCCUCAAGGGAGCCGAAAGUGAACACUAGCCAUCAGGCUUUGCUGCAGCACCUGUUAUUGAAAGAGCAGACCAGACAGCAGAAGAUGCUCUCAUCUGGCAGUGUCUCAGUCCUCCCCCAGUCUCCUCUGGUGAUGAAGGAGCGUUCGGGAGGAGGCUCUCGUCCCAGGCUGCCUCGGCACCGGCCUCUGAACCGGACCCAGUCAGCGCCGCUACCCCAAAGCACACUGGCUCAACUCGUCCUUCAGCAGCAGCACCACAACUUUGUAGAGAAACAGAAGCAAUACCACCAGCAGGUCCACAUCAACCAGAUGCUGUCGCAAUCCAUCGAGCAGCUGAGAAACCCCAGCGCUCACCUGGAGGAGGACGAAGAGCCAAGAGGCCUGGAGCUCACUCUGCCCCCUGCUGGAGUCAUCCGGAGCCACAGCAGCAGCAGCAGCAACAACAGCAUUCAGUUUGAGAGCAGCAGCCAGAUCGAGACCUCUAGUGCCCCGGCCAGCGUGAUCAGGGUGAAAGAAGAACCGUUGGAUCCCGAGAGCAGGAUGGAGGAAGGAGGAAGAGACGGAGGUGUACCAGAUGGAAGGCAUGAGAGAAAAGAAAGAGGAGAAGAACCAAUGACGGGGGUCAAGUCUGAACAGAAUGUAGAAAGUAUGACUGAGACAGAUGUCUGAGAAAGAGAUGAAGAAAAGAAGAAAGAACCAGAGUGAGUCAGAGAGAAGGAUAUAAAGAGAGGUUGAAUACAGUAAAAAGUUUCAGAGAAAAAGGAAAAAUAAAGAAAAAGAGAAAGAAGAGAGAAUGUAGUAAUAUGAUUGCAGGAGAGUAAAAACACAAUUUCGUCUCAAUACAGGGCUCUCAAUUUAUUCUUUUCUUCACAUAUUCAUGUUUUCUAUUUUUUUUCUAAUAAUUAAUAUCAUUAAUUACGAGGAAGAAGAGCUACACAUUGUAGAAUUUUUUAAAAUAUGGUUAUAUUGACUAUAUUUGUAAAUGUUUCAGCACUAAAACCCACAGAUCAGUCAUGACAUUAAAACGCAAAACCCAAUAUUGUGCCAACAAGGCACUUCUGGCCCCUUCGGGCAUGACUCCUCAAAACCUCUUCUGCUGUGGUGUCUGGCACCUGGGCGGCGCCACCAUCGAUCAGACGUAUUUGUCUGGCGCAUAUCGUAGAUGUUUGAUCAGAAUGAGAUUGGAAUUUGGAGGCGGGAUCAACCUUGACUUCUUUGCCUGCUAAGACCCACACACCGCAAGCUGUGAUGCACUGAGUGUUCUGAUGGCUUUUUUUUUUUUUUUUUUAACACAGCCAGCAUUAAAGUUUGUGUUACAUUGGCUUUUCUAUGGAUCAGACCAGACAGGCUUUUGGUCCCAGCAGGCUUAAGUGAGCCUUAGUCGCCAUGAUUCUGCCACCAGUUUACUGGUAAAUGUUUGAUAAUCAGUGUUAUUUAAUUCAUCUGGCAGUGCUGUUAGUUUUGUGGCUCAUGGUUGUAUAUUAAAAUAAAAGCUUGCAAUAAAAAAAAAAAGCAAACCUAAAAUUCGCACAAUUAGUAAAUUAGAAAUACACCACUAUAUAUAAACAAAGUCUAAAACAAAUAUAUCAAUACCAUAUAUGUGACGCAUAUCUCUAUGUGUCAUAAGCAACGAAUGCGGAAUGCUGUACUUUCAAAAGGACUUAUCUGGGAAUGUUAAGAAUGCAGCAAGAACUUUUUAUUAUAUAUCAGGAAGAAAACUAAAACUUGCAAGAACUUUAAAGUGUUUCAUCCAAACAUUUUUCUUCAGUUGGUGUUGCAACGAUUGUGGCAAAUGGCUCUCCAACACAUCGCUCCAAAACCUCCAGUAAGAGUUCAAUUAAGUUGAGAUCUGAUCAUUUUGAAGGCCGUGGCACAAGAUUCACAUCAAUAUCAUCCUAAUCAAACUUGACAGUGAGUCCUUGUCCUUUCCUUGUGGAUGUGGAAUCCAGGAAGUGAUCAUGAGGAUGGACAAGAAGCUAGAAAGUACUUUGUAUUGAUUUGUAGUGAGCCUUUUACUAAUGAGAUAAGUGGAGCCAAGCCAUGGCAUUGACGAGAAGUAAAUUCCCCGCAGCAUGCCGGUGGUGGAGGAUGUGGAUUGAUUUGGUGAACUGUGUGGAAAGACUGUGCCAAGCUGUUGUUGGUGACUUUGUAUGUAAGCUGACUGCCUUAAUUCGUUUCUUCUACAUUGUUCUCCCUGAUAUCGAUGAAAUAUUUCUUAAGACUGUCUUCUUUUUGUUGUCAAGAAAAGGUAGUUGAACUUAUGAAAAAUAUUUGACUCUGGCGGACCUUGGAGAGUAAUCUUUUCUGCAUCACCAUGUGUUGAUGUGUGAUGCUAACUAUCUCUGUGACAUUUCUGUUCCUUCAGCUAAAACAGUUUCAGCAAAUUUGUAAGGAAGUUUCAAAAUGUUGAUUAAAAACUUUUUUUUUUUUUUUUUAAAGUUUGUAAAAUUGAAGGAGAAAAUGUUUUGCCACCCUGACUAUAUUUGCUGGGAUGCCGGUUAUGCCAUCUUACUGUGAUCUCUCUCCCUCUCUCUCUUUCUUUCUCUCUCUCUCUCUCUCUCUCUCUUUUUGAGUGACACUGAUACACACACGACAGUCUACCACUGAUUUGUGCUGUUCUUUUCUCUCUUUCAUGUGUAUAUUUCUGUGUAUAAUAUCGAAAAGCCAUGACCUCCACGAUUUUGUUUUUACCCGCCAGGAUCAUCGGCGUCUGUGUAAAAACUCCAUGAUAGUGAGCUUUU